AUGCCGUCGCAGCGACUUGCCCCCUCCCUCCCGCCCGUCACGGAAGUAGACGAGGAGGCACGAUCCGGAGACAUUUCAGACGCGUCGGCUCGAUGCGUGGACGCGUCGUCCCGAGGCGUGGACGCGUCGACUAGCAAGGCAAGCGGCGGCGGAGGAAAAGGCGAGCGAGUAGAGGUGCAGGGCGAGAGCGGCGCCGCGGCGAACCAAAUGUGCCGCGACGACUCGAUCACGUCGACGCCGCGAUCCGAAACGUCGGAGUGUCGUACGGUGUACACACCGAACGAGCUGCUGCAGCUGUGCGACGCGUGGGCCGCGCCAUGGGAGGAUCGUCGCCCUGGAAGCCAGUCAGCAUCGCCAGCGCCACGUGCCUCCAGCUCUUCAUCGCAACCGUUGGAUCUUCAGCGCGCGCUUUCCUGCGAUCGCGCCUCCCUUUCCAGCAUCAGUCCGUCGACCCCAUCCCCCGCGCGCACGGCAAGCGGAAGCGGAAGAAUCUCCGCAUCGCCCGGGCGCGGAAGCGGAGGUUUCCCCCCCCAACCAAACGCUUCCCCCGGCCUUCUCCCCCCGCACUCCCCCAUGGUUUUGCGCGAAUGGGAGGAAUUUCUUUUCGUAAAAAAUGCUUCCCCCUCCCCUAACGCUUCCUUCCGCCGAUCCCGGCUUGGCCCGGGAACGGGGGAGGGAUCGGGGGAGAGCGCCAAAGGCGGUGGGGAAUGCGUAAGCGGGUUACAGCUGGACCCGGGCUCCGCGAUCAACGGCGGGAUUGGCGGAGACGAUCCGAACACGGACCCCGCGCUGCGAAACAUUCGCCUGCCGAUUCACAAGAUGCGGCUCGUUAAUGGUGCCAGCAGAAAAUCCGGGUUAAUCGACGGUUCUGCGGCCGAUCGGAGUGGAGAGAACGCACGUGCUAGUAGCGAAGGGUUUGUGAAUAUGGCGGAAGGGAUGAUGGCAGGAGGAAACGCGGGGAAAUUGUUUCAACUGCUGGAGCAAGUGGAUAAGCACGGGGACUAUUUCCGCGGUGACGUGGAGGACCCUGAUUUGACCAGCAGCAUGGACCUGGACGAGGAGGCGACGGAUGACGAACCUGGGUUUCUCGCGCGGACUGACGUGGCGCGGCUCGUAACGGACGGCACGGAUACGCAGUACCUGCCGCGGCUGAACAAGUACUUCCCCUUCGGCGCGUUUACCAUCUUCAUUAUGAUGCAGGCGCUAGUGGCGGUGGUCGACUCGCCCACCGACAAGCGCGCCAUGACUGCCACGUCACUCGCCAUCUGCUUCGCCGUCUCUUCGCUCUGCCCCUUCAUCAAGCGCACGGGGCACACCGCUCUGGUUCCGCGGAAUAGUUGGAAGUGGCCGCUGGCAGUGCGUGUGGGCUCAACCAAUCUCUUCAUUCACGCCGAUGCUCAAACCCUCGCCCACGCCGUCACCAAGGCCAUUGCUUUCGUGCCUCUGGGAAUAUGCAACGACACGGCUGCCAGCAUUCUCUUCCCAGGUACCCACCCCUCUCCCCUCCCUUCUUCGCUCACAACAUCUCAUGACGCUCAAACCCUCGCCCACGCCGUCACCAAAGCAAUCGCCUUCGUGCCUCUCGGGAUAUGCAACGACAUGGCUGCCAGCAUUCUCUUCCCAGGUCUACAGCCCUACUGGCUGCUGCUGCUGCAGCUCUCCACGUUCCACCUUCUGUUUUCGACCUCAUUACCAACCUCCUCCUUUCUCCGCCCACUCCCCUCCCGCUUCCUCCCUCCCACCAGGUCUACAACCCUACUGGCUGCUCCUGCUGCAGCUCUCCACGUUCCUCCUCGUGGUUUCGCUCUCAUCACCCAACUGCCCUUGUUCCUCCUUUCUCCCCCCACACCACCCCCCUCCCACUCUCCACCUCCCACUCUCCCCUCACCAGGUCUACAGCCCUACUGGCUGCUACUGCUGCAGCUCUCCACAUUCCUCCUCGUCGCCUCCCUCACCUUCUUUGUGCAUGACCACGUGCCUUCCAUCCGCACUGCUGCAAGGCCAUUAGAGCCUUCAUUCUUCACUGACGAGGCAGAGGAACACGCACACCCACACCACCACCACUGCACAGCAUGCAUGGCUGCUGCUGGCGCUGCUGCUUGUGAGACGUCUCAAAUAUCCUUUCCCCUCCCGUGUCCCUCCCCUCCCCCUCCCCUGUCCCUCCCCCCCUCCAGCUUCACUGACGAGGCAGAGGAACACGCACACCCACACCACCACCACUGCACAGCAUGCAUGGCUGCUGCUGGCGCUGCUGCUUGUGAGACCUUCACUGACGAGGCAGAGGAACACGCACACCCACACCACCACCACUGCACAGCAUGCAUGGCUGCUGCUGGUGCUGCUGCUUGUGCUCCUGCUAGCACCCACUCUUCGAAGCAACCCUCCUCUCCCGUUCCCCACUCUCCCACCAAGAACCCCCCAUCCCCUCAUACCACUCUGCAUCCCUCUCAAACCUCCCCCACCUCCCCCGAAUGCAACGUACCCAGCAGCAGCAGCCCACCCACCCACUCUCCCAGCGCCCACAGCUCUCCGCCCUCCCUCCCUCCCAGCAGCAGCGCCACACCCCUUCAAAACACCUCAUUUGCCGGCCACACCCCUCCCCCGAACCGCUUUAGCGCCGGUAGCACCCCGCUUCUGCUCAGGGGUGUGUACACCCCACCGCACGACUCUCCUCCGCAUUCCCUCACCCCUGCUUGCAGCACCCCUCCAGCUCAAAACACAGCAUUUGCUGGCCAUACACCUCCUCCUCCGCAUGGCUUCAACACUGCCUGCAGCACUCCGCUUCUUCUGAAGGGGAUACUGAGCCCCCGCUCUGCUGCAGACAGUCCGUUUAGUGCUGCUGCCCGUGCUUCUUCCUCCCCUCCUGCUCCUGCUGCCGCAUCUCGUUCUGCUGCUUCUGUGGUUGUGAGUGUGCCUGGUGACAGAAGUUACACAGAGGCCGGUGCUGCUUCUGAUGCUGCUGAUGCUGAUGCGGCUGCUGGUGGGAGUGAAGACGGGGGGAUGGGAGAUGGAGGAGAGGCGUCAACGGGUGAUUCAGGUGUUUUGGUCGCUUCAGGCACUUCAGGUCUUGCACAUUGCCUCCCACUUUCCCUCAACGCUUAUUGA